AGGAGUCACCAGCUCUCUACUUACAACAGUAAAAGUAUUAGUUUCAGUGAACAUAUCCUAUUACAAGGAUGAAACCCGCCUGUGGUGUAAGUCUGCAAACCUACAGAGAAAGAGACAGAACAGAGGGGUAUAGCUUCCGUCAAAGGCAGAGAUAGUCCGGUGAAAUCAAGAUGUCCAAAUUGGAUAAUCCACCAUCCUAUGAGGAUGCACUGCACCAUCCAAAGUAUGGACCUUACCCAAACCAGCAACAAUAUGGCCCCCCUCUUCCACCACCUCCAUCUUACAGCCCUGGUCCUGGCUUGAGCCCUGGCCCUCCUAGUUAUUGGAGCCAGGAGGGGAUGUGGGACACCCCUGGAUUCUCUCCAACCAGGGUACGCAACGGAAUACCGACUCUGUCUGCUGGAGUGCCUACAUCAAACCCAGGAGACAUGGAGGAUCUCCUGAGCACUCAAUGGGAAAGCACUUUAAUCAGGCAUGCCUUUAUCAGAAAGGUUUACUUAAUUUUAGCAACACAACUAGCCGUCACCUUCUCAGUUGUUGCUGUCUUUACAUUUGUUACUCCAGUACGGCUGUUUGUCAUCAGAUACCCUGGCAUCUACUGGGCAUCUUUGGUGGUUUAUUUUUUGGUAUAUUCCAUACUCAUCUGCUGCAAAAAAGCAAGGAGGAAUUUCCCAGGGAAUUUUAUUCUGCUUGGAGUAUUUACCCUCGCCUUGUCUUACAUGUCUGGGACCAUUUCAAGCUAUUAUGACACAAAAGCAGUGUUUCUUGCCAUGGGAAUAACAGCAACGGUUUGCGUGAUUGUCACAAUCUUCUGUUUUCAAACCAAGGUAGACUUUACCUCCUGCGGGGGGUUCCUUUGUAUCACAUCCAGUUUGCUCAUGAUCAUUGGGAUUGUUACAGCCGUUGUCCUCGUCUUCCAAUGGGUCCCUUGGCUGCAUAUGCUUUACGCUGCUAUUGGAGCCAUUGUAUACACUCUGUUUUUAGUAUACAACACCCAGCUUCUCAUUGGAAAUCGGGAGGUGUCAAUCAGCCCUGAGGAAUACAUCUACGGAGCUUUGUCCCUCUAUGUGGACAUCGUCCACAUCUUUCUCUUCACCCUACAAGUCAGUGGAGCAUCUAUUGAUUAAGCCCAUGCUUAGAGCUCAUGUUAUUGUCAACUACUUUUCAUUUCCAGGGUAUUAUUUGUUAUUAUGCAUAAAUACUACAUACACACAAGUCUGUCACAUAAGUCGUUUAUUACCAGCUGUCAAUGUUGAAAUUAAAAACUAUUGAUUUGACUAUGAUAAUUUUUUUCCCACCAGUAUUAAGCCUUGCCUUUUUUAGAAUGUGGUACUUGUGUUUGCAUGCUUGUUGUAGCCAUGUACAAUAACAUUGAGACACUAUGUAAUGGGCAUAACAUUUGUAAAUAAAAAUUCAUGAAUGUAUUACGCUUUAGACUGAACUAGUUACUUGUAUCAUGUGUUAGCGUUAACAAAUUCUGAAGAAGUACAUGAGCAAAUCAUUCAAAAAAGGAGACAAAGUAAUUAAAGAUUCAAGAAUUCUUCCAAUUACUUGUGUUUAAUCCUCAAAUGAGUUACAAAACAUGUGUAGUUACAGCCAUACAGCUUGUGACCUCUAUUAUUAGUCCUCAAUCUGAAAAUAAGUGUGACUAAAAAUAUGUACCAAGAGUAGUUUUUGAUAUUCCCAUAGAAAAGAACAUAGAUACACACUCAAUUAAAAGAUGGUUAAAUUGCCCACAGUUUUACAACAAAAAUGAUGGUAGCAAAAUCCUCUCUGUAUUAUGUUAUUUGUUAUAGAAGGAGAACCAACCAUGUACACCGAACACUAUAGUACACCCUACUGCUGAUACAGCUCAAGUCCCUGGUCUUGAUGGCUAUCAGUCUGGUACAUUACCUUUGAAAGGGUGGCACUAGCUCUUAUUUUCUGUAAAUUUCUGUACUCAGUAUUAGUAUUGUGACUAAUCACCAGGAUUUCCUUUUGUAGUCCAGUGAAUUCAGGUGGUGCCCAUGUGAUUGAGGGUUCAAGGUGUAAGGCGCUUGGGGUCACGUGGGAACAUGGAGGUUUGACGCACGUUGUGGAGGCCAAGGUAAAGCAUGCAGACUCUCUC